CGGAAGAGUGUUUUGUAGUACAGCAUUCAUUGCACAUACAGCAAAUCCUGAAGUCAGUUAUCGAGAUCUUCAUUCAGUGGUGAAUUAUGCACGGACGUGUGAAAGUGAAGUCGACAGCACAGCAGGAGGAGGAAAAGAGGAAAGAAAGAGAGAACAAGUUGAAAGUGUUUGUAUCUGCUCGAGAUGCUGUGUUAAAGAAGAGGAGUGCUGGUGAAUAUGAUGAAGAGGCUUUGCUGUUGACACAGCAGCUUCUGUCGGCAAACCCGGACUUUGCCACACUGUGGAACUUCAGGAGAGAAGUGCUGCUGCUGCUGGAGACACUUCGAGAGAAGGAUGAGGUGCAGAAACUCUAUGAGUCUGAGCUGCACUUUAUCGAGGCCUGUCUGAAAGUCAACCCUAAAUCAUACGGCAGCUGGCACCACCGUACUUGGGUCACCAGCCGACUGCCCCAGCACGACUGGACACGAGAGCUCGGCCUCUGCGAUCGCUGCCUCAGCCUGGACGAACGCAACUUCCACUGUUGGGAUUACCGGCGGAUGGUGGUAAAAGCAUCAGGUGUUUCUGUCGAGCAGGAGCUGCAGUUCACAGAUCGUCUCAUCGGAUCUAAUUUCUCUAACUACUCCAGCUGGCAUUACAGAAGCACACUGUUACCGCAGCUCCACCCAGAGCCUGUCUCUGACUCCACCUCCAACACAAGCCCCUCUCCCACAGCAUCACCUCAAACUCACUCACACAGAGUCUGUGAAGUGCAGCUUCUGAAAGAAUAUGAGCUGGCACACAAUGCCUUCUUCACUGACCCCAAUGACCAGAGUGCCUGGUUCUACUACCGCUGGCUGCUUGGUAGAGCUGAGCGAGAUGAGAUGAUCAGCUGUGUGUAUGUCAGUCGUGAGGGUGAGAGGGUCACCGUUGCCUUCUCCAAACCUGUUCAUGCGGCGUCUGUGGGUCUGAUGUUGGUGUUGGACGGUCAGCCACAGCAGGUGGAGUGGAGAAGCACUCACCCACGUUUCCAUCACAGCCCUGUCUGGCUGUGUGAUCUUCCUCCCGGCUCUAUCAGUGACCUGAAUAAUGAACACAACCUGACCGUCCACUGGACUUUGAAACACACACACAGAGAUUGUGCCCUGUACACAGGCUGUGUUGAAAGCUGGUGCAGAGACUCUGCCACUGAUCAGGAACUUUUCAGGAGUGAGUUAUCGAUUGAGAAAAGCUCAGUACUACAGGCAGAACUUCAGUCAUGCAAUCAAUUACUGGAGCUCGAACCUCAGAACAAAUGGUGUCUGUUGACGAUCAUACUCUUAAUGAGAGCUCUUGAUCCUCUGGGUCAUGAGAAAGAGACUUUGGUUCAUUUCCAAACCCUUAAAGAAGUGGACCCUAUGCGGUCAUCCUACUACAGUGACCUGUGCAGUAAGUUUCUGAUUGAAAACACCAUUCUGAAAAUGGAGUAUGCAGAGGUGCGAGUGUUUAGCCUCUCCAGUAAGAACUUGACAAUCUUGUGCCAUCUUGAUCAGCUUCUGUUGGUGACUCAUAUCAACCUCUCCUCCAAUCAGCUUGCGAGGUUACCGCAUCAGUUUUCCAUGCUGCGGUGCCUUGAGGUGCUGGAAGCCGAUGAUAAUGUCAUUGAAAGUCUAGAGGGACUGUACCAGCUGCCUAAACUAGAAGACGUUUCACUGAAAAACAACAAAAUCAGUAAGCUGUCUGAUCUUGAGCCCUUGGUGUCCUGCCCCAAACUGACUAAACUGGAUCUGCGUGGAAACCCUGUCAGCACAACUGCCAACGUACAGUCAGAGCUGGCCGAACUGUUGCCUUUGGUUACUUCCCUAUCUCUGUGAUGUGCAUUAUUAACUUGUGUGUAUGUGUCACUGAGAUGUUUCGAGUGUUCCUGUGUGUUGGUCUAAAUACCUGCACUGCUUUAGUCUAAUUAGAGCUCAAACAAAAAAAUGUAAAACCGUACCUCACGUGCUGGGCCUAAUCACAGGAAUAGUUCACACUAAAAUGAAUAUUGUCUUAUUUACUCACCCUCAUGCCAUUCCAAAGCUGUAGGCCUAUGCUGUUUUCCGUGGAAAACAAAAGAAAAAUUGUUUAAAAGUUUCAAGCUGCUCUUUUCCACACAAUUUCAUUAUUUAAGAAACCAAGUAGUUCAUUAGACACUUACACUAAAUUGCACUGUUUUCAAAGUCCUCUUCAACAAUUUCAGUUUGUUGCUAUUAUGUGAUUUAAGUUGUUAUUCACUGAAAAUCUUCCCCUUUGCUGCACUGUAAGGAACAUUAUCCAUUCCAAAUAUUCGAAAAUGUGUGUUGCAUUCACACUUGAAAACCAAUGGUGUUUUGGCGAUUAGUGACAAUUUGGUGCACCAUUUUUGUAAUCUAAAUGCAAUGCAAAUGAGAUUUGAGAGCUUUCUAUUUAAGUGAGUAAUGUUCCUCACACAGAGCUGUCAUUUGGCUUCAGAAGACAUAGAAUAUAGCACAUAAAUUACAUGGACUACUUUUAUUGUACUUUAUCCCUCAGUUUUUGAGCUUGAUAGCCAUGAUCACCGUGAACUGCCAUAUGUAAAAAAAUAAAUA